UUAAGUUGACAAUAUGAGUUUCCAACACUAUAAAUAUCAUCAUUUCAAAUGCUUGUUUCCUCACCAAAAACAUAACAGCUAUGGCAAAGUACACAACUAUUCUCGCCCUCCUCUUUUGCAUCUGCCUUGUUGCUGCAACUGAAAUACAAAUGGCAGAAGGCACAUACUGCUGGAAAAAAAGUGACAAGUGGAAUGGACCUUGUCAAUACUCUUACAAAUGUAGUCACCAUUGCAAGCACUUUUAUGGAGCUAAAUAUGGUAUUUGUAAGAAGUACAAACCAUGGGGCCACAAAUAUUACUGGGCAAAAUAUGCUUGCUACUGCUAUUCACCUUGCCACUACUAAUAAACUUUGACUAUGUAAAAAAAAUAAGAAGCUACCCAUUUUGUAUGUAACAAUGUAAUAAGGCUGAUUUAUGUGUGUAACCAUUUCGGCCAAAGCUUUGCUUGAUGAACAAUUAUGUUGGCAACACAGUGUUGUGUUAG